AUGCAGGGUCGGAUUCCAAUCUCGUGGCGCCUCGUUGGCGUUGCACACUUGUGGCUGAAAUUGCGCCCUAACCUCCCCCUCCGCUCUCACCUCGGGCCCUGCACACCCCUCGCACUAGAAAAUUGGGUUAAACAGCACGCGGCUGAAUACCGCACCGGAAGAGGGGAUUUCGGGGUCCGCGGAACUGCGCUUCUACAA